AGCACAUUAAAAGAUACAUGUAAAAAAAACACCUAAUAUUAAGAUAGAUUUAUAAGAAUGGCCGAUCGCAAGAAAGAUACGACUGUUCUGGAAGUUAAAUAUGUGCCGGUUGCUGAAAAAUCUACUGAACUUCAACCUGAAUCGCAAUUCAAACGACCCGAUACAUUCUAUUUGAUGUUUUCAGUUGCAUCAUGUAUGCUUUUUAUGAUAACCGGAGGCUCAAGUUACGUGUGGUAUUCAUCUGCUUUAGUAAAGUUGGGAUCAAACGACAGUGAUAUCAAUCCUUUGGGCAGGCCCAUCACCAAUUUGGAAACGUCUUUUUUACUGUCGAUGCCGAACUUCUCGGGGAUUUUCGGGGCGCUGUUGCUACCGCCGUUGUCGGAUAAAACGGGCAGAAAAAAGUUUUUGCUGAUAAUGGGUUUCGGAAUGCUAGUGCACUUCGUCAGUUUAGCUUUUAGUACCAGUAUAAUUGCGAUGGUCGUUUCUGCUUCGUUAAUCGGAGUGUUUUUCGCUGGAGGUUUCAGUAUUAUGUCGUUGUACAUAACUGAAUUGUGCGAGGAACAUAACAGAGCUAAGUACGGGUGUAUUAACUUCACUUGUAUGCCAUUAAGUCAACUCUAUUGCUACGUUGUCGGGCCCUUGUUUAGUAUGAGAAACUAUAUUCUAUUGCUCUCCCUUCCGGUAGCACUGUUCAUGGUGUUAUUCAAUUUCGCACCCGAGACUCCCAUGCAUUUACUGUCGAAAGGACGAGAAACCGAUUGUAUUAGAACAUUAAAAAGACUUAGGAGUAACAAAUCCCAAAAAGAAAUCGAUAUCGAUGUCGACAAAAUAAACAUGGGUCUCACAACAAUGGCCAAUGGGGAGAAAGCUAAUUUUUUUACGGUUUUUAAAAGUAAAGAAGGUAGAGUUGGAAUGCUCUUGGCUAUGAUACCGUUAAUCGGUACAUUUAUUUGCGGUAUAACAAUUAUAAUGCCCCUAUUGGCGCCUAUUUUCAAUAAUGCAGGAAUCGGUAUAUCCGGAUCUACUGUAGCAAUCAUAGUGGGUUCGUUCAAAAUUUGCUUCUAUCUGUUAACAUCGAUGUUGAUCGAAACAGCAGGUCGAAGGACAAUGUUACUUAUUUCAUCAAUCGGUUGUAGCAUACCCAUUUCGUUACUAGGAAUCUGUUUCUACUUAAACUCAAUCGAUUCGCCAAUAUUAGCUAAAGUUCAGUGGUUACCGAUUGUGCUUAUACUUCUGUUUAUUUUCUUCUUCUCAUUAGGGUUAGGGCCCUUGCCUUUUACACUGGUGAAUGAAUUUUUUCCCACGGAUGUUCGAUCAUCUGCCGUGUCAAUUGCUACAACACUGUGUUCAUUGAUAUUGUUUGUAUAUACUUUCACUUUUCCUCUCAUUGCUGGCAUAAUUGGCAUGCAUUCCUGCAUGUGGAUAUUCGGUGCAUCUUGCUUGACCAUAGGAACUAUUAUUUAUUUCUGGUUACCAGAGACGAAAGGAAAGACCAUUCAUGAAAUACAAGAAAUGUUAAAGAAUUAUUAAUAAAAAAAACUAGUCAAUAUGAUAUGAUUUCAUUGUUAAUUGGAAGAAAUGUGAUAACUGCAC